AUGUUAUGUUUUAAUCUCAUUGUCACUUUUUCUUUUUCUGUAUUUUUCAUUCAAUUUUACACUCUUUUUCAUUCGUUUCAUCAUUUUAUAUAUCUUUUUUGUCUAUCAGUAGAUUUUUUUCUCUCUCUCUCUCUUCCUGUUUUUAUUUUUCUUUUACCGUCCUCUCUCUCUGACUCUAUCUCGUUAUGUUUUCACUUUCAUUCGUUCUUUUUUCUUACUUACUACCUUUCGAUUUCUCUCUCUUUGUCUCAUUUUUUCGCUCUCCUUUGUACACUCCUUCACAGUAUACGUGUAUCGCGGCUUUCUCUCUCUCUUCCCUCUCUCCCCUUUCUCUCUCUCUCUCUCUCUCUAUCUAUCUAUCUAUCUAUCUAUUUUUGUGUCAUGUUAUUUCUUUAUUUCUGUUUACCUAUCAUACUCUCUUUUCGUUUUCUAGUUCUUUCUUUCUUUCUUCCCUCAUUCACUCUGUUGCUCCCUGUUUUUCUGUCUUUCUUUUUCAUUCUAUCUAAAUUUCUCAUUCAUUUUUCUGGUUAUAUCUUUCUCUCUAUUUCAGUGUCUCUGUCUCUCUCUCUUUCUACCCCUCUUAUUACAUAUUUUUCUCACAUUUUCUGUGUAUCUCACUUUCUGUCAAUCCCAGUUUUGGUCUCUCUCUCUCUCUUUUUGUAUUACGUUUUCGCUCUCUAUUUUCUGUCUCUCUUUCUCUUUAACUCAAUCUUUCCUUGUAUCAUUCUCUUUGACCCGGUUUUUCUGUUUAUUUCUAUUUCUCUUUCUUUCUAUCACCCUUUCUCUAUUUUCUUGUAUCUCUUCUUCUAUCUUUUUGUCUUAUCUUCUUUCUCUCGCAUUCCUCUAUGA